UGUCCGGAGAUUUUCCGCAAGGAUUGAGACACUUUUCCCUAAAAUUUGUUUAGCAGCUCGUGUGAUUUGCCAGGAAAAGUUCAUUGUUGGUACCGUUGGUGCAUUUUUGGAUUGAUUAAAAAUUUCCUUGAGAAAAUUUCUCUCGAAUGGAGCACUUUUCGAGAGGAAAAUCUUCGGGGGAAUCAUCGAAUGUGAUCAAAAUUAAUUCGUGCUUGGAACUAUUUUAACAUAGUCAUAAAUUAAGGUGAAGAUUCUCGAGGAACUUUUUUUUAGGAAAGUGUUUUUUUUGUGCUUAUGUCGCUGAUUGCGAGCGCCAAUUAAUUAGAAUUUAGUUCGUUAGGUCAGUCAAUGAGGUUGAGUUUUCCAUGGAAUUUUUCUUUUACAUCUCUGUGAGAAAUUAAGAACCAACUAAAUAAAAUUCAAUACCUUGUGCGUGCUGCGAAAUUGGUAGGUUGGAACGCUCGAGAAAAUUGAGAUUUAAGUGAUUUACUCAUUGUGACCUCAGUGAACGUUAACCAUAAAAAAUUUUCCUGAAAAAAAUAGGAGAAAAUGAGGAGAGAAAGUCAUUAAUUAAUGCUUUAUUCUCACUUACAAAGCCACAAAAGCGUACUUUCCAAUUUACUCAAUGCUUUACCAUAAAACCUUCUUAAGUUCUCAUUUUUCCAAUUUUGCAAGAUACGCCAAUUAAUUUUCAGUUCAUGAGUAAAAAGUGCAAAAUUCACGGAUGCAAUUUGUGGUGCUGACACCCAACAACAUAUAGAUUAUAAAUUGAUCCUUGUUGGGUGCACAGAGUGAUUGAUUAAAGUGGGGUGGUGCAUAUAGUACAUAAGAAAAUAUAAUAAUGAGGUUGAACGUAACAUAAACAUGAUUAAGUGAAACCUAAGGAUUUGUUGUGUAAAGAAAAUAACCAAAGUGCAAAGUGAAGAAAACUUUGAAUGUGUCUUCCGGUGAAUUGAGGAGGAAGAAAGUGUAAGGAUUGCGAAAGAGAAGCCCAGAGUUAAACCACAAGGAUACUUUUUGCUCAUCUUCAGCAGAUCUUGAGGCUAUCAGCUGAGUUGAUCACAUUCCUGAAGUGAUUCAGCAAUGUCUUUCUCCACAAGCUACCCUUGAUGGUGGGCCGUGUCUCCAGAAUGUCUGAAGCAAGUCGAAAUUUGUUGACGGUAGGCAAUUUGGAGAGUGGCUUUGGAGGUACGGGAGCAUGUACCAUUGGUGACAUCUUCGAGAACAGCGGUGAGGAUUGUUCUCUAUCUCCACCAUCCCUCAUCCACCCUCAAGAUCCAACUGAGGUACUGACGUUGACACAGAAGAAAAAGAAUGCUAAAGUGGAGUUUGUGCAGUUGGAUUCAACGGACAGGCCCGUCAACUUUGCAGACCGUGAUGAUGCUAUACAUGCCAAAAUCCUCGACGAAAUCCGGAAUGCCUGCAAGCUCUCUGACAAACAUCGGGCCGAUCGGCUUGCGAGGCCCCGAAUGUCUCUGUUGGGGAAGCCACUUAAUUACAACCGCGGCGCACGUCGAGAUGCCCGCUAUCGCCGCCUGCAGGCGAGAGUGUACAACUUUCUGGAGCGACCCCGAGGAUUUCCGGCAGUUUUUUACCACGUUCUAGUAUUUUUAAUGGUGUUCACAUGCCUGGCCUUAAGUGUAUUUUCUACAAUACAAGAAUACGAGCAACAAGCGGUUGAUCUAUUAUUCAGAAUGGAGAUAAUCGUGAUGGUUUGGUUUACAAUUGAAUUUUUUUUACGAUUGUGGUCUUCAGGAUGUCGAUCUCGAUAUCAAGGCGCCAUCGGGCGUUUACGAUUUCUAAAGAGGCCUUUCUGUAUCAUCGACAUAAUCACGAUAUGUGCAUCACUUGUGGUGCUUGGUAUGGGAACCUCGGGACAGGUGUUUGCGACCAGUGCACUGAGAGGCCUUCGUUUCUUCCAAAUACUUAGAAUGGUGCGAAUGGAUCGACGUGGUGGGACAUGGAAACUCCUCGGAAGUGUCGUAUAUGCUCAUCGACAGGAACUGAUAACAACGUUGUACAUAGGUUUCCUUGGCCUUAUAUUUGCUUCCUUUCUGGUAUACUUGAUGGAGAAGGAUGUAAAUAAAAAAUUUAAUAAUUUUGCUCAAGCUUUAUGGUGGGGCGUGAUAACAUUGUGUACAGUGGGAUAUGGCGAUAUGGUGCCUGAAACAUGGCAAGGAAAAUUAAUAGCAUCGUUCUGUGCUCUACUCGGAAUCUCGUUUUUCGCACUGCCGGCUGGAAUUCUGGGCAGCGGUUUCGCCCUGAAAGUCCAGCAACAACAGCGUCAAAAACAUAUGAUCCGCCGCCGUCAACCCGCGGCCACCCUCAUCCAAUCACUAUGGCGAUGUUAUGCUGCCGAUGAGCAUAGUGUCUCCGUGGCCACGUGGAAGAUCCAUCAAGUGCCACUGCCAAGUCCUCCUCCCUCAAUUAGUUGUAAAAGCAAAAACAAUGAUAGAACGGGAACAAACCAAAAAUCGCUGAUUAGGCGGGCAUCUUCUAGUUUCAAACACAACGCAUCCUUCGUGGCGCGUCUUCCAACCAUAAGGAGGCACAAAUCUCAAUCACUGCACUCACCGGGAAAUCCUAAGCCACCAACAGGGGCUACUUCCAGAUCAACCAGAGGACCACGAUCCAUGGGAGAAGCCAAUGCUUCGGCUGAGAACCUAGAAGUUACAAAUAAUGGAAGACCUAUGAAUGCCAGCUUGAGUGAGGAUUCUGUUGCUGAGACGGCACUCUCGAAAAAGAAUUCCGAUGAUGAGGAUGAGGAACCUCGAUGUAUCCAACUUACCAAUCAACAUAAGACAGCCAUACGGUUUAUCAGAAAGCUGAAGUAUUUUGUAGCAAGGCGGAAGUUCAAGCAAGCUCUUAAGCCGUAUGACGUAAAAGAUGUAAUGGAGCAAUAUGCCAUUGGACAUGUGGAUUUGCUGGGUCGUGUGAAAAAUGUUCAAAAUAGAUUGGAUCAAAUUUUGGGCAAGCAAGGCUCGAAAGCAAAAGACGUUUAUGCCUCAAAGAUUAGUUUGGCAUCUAGAGUCGUAAAAGUGGAACGGCAGGUCGAUGAUAUUGAAACAAAGCUGGACACUUUGAUAGAUCUCUAUAUGCAGGAUAGAAAGAGAUUCCUCUCGCUUCCAAUAAUUUCCGAUUCCCAACAUUCCAAUAAUUCCAACCUUCCACCACUGCCUCCCAAUCCUCCAGGUGGUGGCGGAGCCUCGGCGGGCAUUACGACCGUUGCCACUACGUCAAUGUCUUCGGGCAGCAGUGGAUCACUGAAGGUAGCUGGCGGCAAAUACCAGUCUUCAAUUGAUACGGGCUGUCAUCCAGGAAGUGACACCCUUUCUUCUGCCUUUCAGCCGAAGCCCAUUCUCAUAGAUAAGCAAUUCUCAGAACCAAACUCACCCAUCACAAAGACAUUUGAACAGCCCGUCCAGCGAAGGCCACCGAUGCACAGGGGCUUCUCUGAUCUCAGCAAUCGAAUGAAGAAGCGUGUGACACUCAGUUCCAUUCCUACCCAAUAUGUUAGCAACAAUACUGAACAGCAUGAUGGAAGUGGUGAUGUUGUGAUAGUUGUGAAUGCCCUAGAUGAUGGUGAUCCAAUUGAGACCGACGUUGUAGUCGGGGGACUUCCAGAUGUAUGCAUUGAGACAGAGGGUGAUGUCGAACCCAACAGCCCCAAGACAAUAACAGAAAGUUCAACAUCAUAUGACGAUUACUCCUCAUCAACAUCGCUCUAACAUCAAAGUGCACCUCCUCAAUGUAGCCAAAAUGGAAAAGUUGUCCUUAACAUCUUCAAUUUUACAAAGCUAUUUCAAAUUUGUUAUCAACACUUUAAUGUUUCCAUUUUUCAAGUGGUCGAAUGAAAAUAAAUUGCAAUGCUUUAUUUUAAAAUGUCCUUGAAAAGAACCAAAUUAUCUCUAAAAAUCAUUAGAUAAACGAUACUUAGAUAAACGAAACGUAAAUAAAUGUUAUGCAUUAAGAUGUACUUAACUGGAAUUUUAUCUUGGAAUAUUAUUUUGAAUUUAUGAGAUGGAAAAUUGGAUAAUUAGGAAUAUAUUCAUCGCUAUUCUUGCGAAAUUUUGGACGAUUACCCCACGAUGAUGUUCUCAUCAUUUAUCUAUUUGCUGCACGAUAUCUCCUUUUUGAAUAAAACUAAAUAUAUAGUGGCACUUUUUCCACUGGCUACGUUGAACAUUCCAAAUAACACGAAAAAUUCGAUGAAGAGUGUGAGUGAAAUUGACAUAAUUAAAUCCCAAGAAAUGUUCUUUUCGUUUUAUAUCCCAAAAUAUUUAAAUUAUUCCUCCCUCCCCAUUUCAAAUCUCUAUCUACUUCUCUCUAUAGUCUUUUCAAUGGCAAAUUUAUAGUUGGUGUAAUCAAUUUAUAUUUUUUUUUCAAUUUAUUAAAUUAGAGAGUGUCAAAAUUCUGCGUAAUGUGUUUGGUGUUUUCGCCCAAAAUUUUAUAAUGCCUUUAUAUUGAGUAAACUAAUUAUUUAUCAGAAGUGUGCAUUAGUUAAAUUUUACCGCGAUUCUUUACAUACAAUAAGUUUUACUUCUGUUUUCUUUUUUUUUAUUUUCAAUUUGGUUUAAAUAAUUAUUUGGAGGGGAAAAUGUAACCGAUUAAUAUUUUCCUUUUAAGGUGAUCAAUAUUUCUCGCACCAAAAAUAAGCUUAACUUGCCCCUUGGAUUUAAAAAACUGAAUCAGGUUAAGGGUUAACUGCUUUCAUAAAUUUAAAUUUAUUAGUAUAACCGGUUGGGGACUCAAUGGGUCGAGUGGUAGAGUGCUCGCUCUAUGAUACAAGUGUCUCGGGUUCGAAUCCUUUUUCGGUCAUCAGACAUUUUUCUAGCAUAGGAGUUCAGAUUGCAUCCGGUGAGGCUCACUGAACUUGAUUCCAUGGGGCAUGGGACUGACAACCCCAAUCCGUGUAAGAAUAAAUACUAAUGCGUGUAUAGAAAUCUCCUUACGGGAAAGCCUAGUUCCUCUAUGGAAUUAAUAUUAUCAUUAAUAUUAAUACAUCCGUUCCCACAUGCUCUUUACAAAUUUCUUUUCUUUCAGUUACAACAAUAACUUUUAGGUUUAUAGAACACGAGAAUUUCGUCAAAGUUCAAUAGGUGGCAGUAAAUCUAUUUUUCAAAUGUAAGGUUAAGCAGAGCGAAGUAAUAAUUUAGAAAAAAAAACUUUAUGUUAAAAGAAAAUAAGGAAAUAUUUUUAUUCUCUUUCAUUUGAUAACGGAUUUAUUUAUUUUUUUUAAUAGGAUCGAAGAAACACCUCUUCGGCAGAAAACCCCUAUUGACCCUUCCGCCAAAAUAUUAAAAUUUAUUUAACGUACCUUUUGCUAUAAGGAGGACAGUUCAAAUUUCGUAACUUAAUUGUUACUGGAAGGUGUCAAUGUCAAUAGAUCAUCACAGAAGUUCUUAAAGUGUCAAUAGGUGUUCCGUUCACCCUAUGGUGUAAUUUAUUGAUGUAGAAGAAACUAGAGCACCACUGAAGAUGGGGUAGCACUUAACUCUUUCGCGUCCCACUUUUAUUCAGCAGAUGAAUUCAUGUAAAAUUGAGUUUUUCCUAAUGCUUUAUGAUCAAAUAUAAUAGUUCAGAGAGGAAAAAAAAUUUCCAUUGCGUGGAAACUCGGAAAAACCCCGGGUCAUAUAUGACCCUGUUGUCCUCGAGGGAAGUGUACAUACCAUUAUCAAAAUCUAUAUCACGGGCUUUUUAAGAGUUUUUUUUGCUUGAAGUUGUUAAUUUGGCCAAAACCAUGGCAAACUGGAUUGUCUUAAUGAACACUGUACUCCUGGUGUUCAAGGAAUCUUCCUGGUAAUCCCUUUGAACAGUCACUGUCACAAUAUUUUGAGUGGUAUUUGGCAAAAAUAAACUUAUCCACAUAUUUAUUCACACACAAUACAAUUGCACAAUAUGAGACGCUUGCAGAAUACUCUAAAAUAUUGCAAAAUAUGUUAUAAUUCAUCAGAUAUAAGAUGAAAUGUCCAGGAGCAAGAUGUCCCACCUGCAUUUCACAAAGAAAAA